AUGAAAAUCCUCGCUUUACACGGAAUUGAAGAGCUCGGCCCAAAUCACCAUGUUUCAUACCUGGACGGCUCAAUUCCUUCCAAACGAGGACCAGGCAUGCCCGCAUGGUCGGACGGACCUUUCCACUCAUAUAUCAGUGGCUAUGCCCCAGUUGAAAUCAGAAAGACUCUGGACGACGUCGACGCGUUCAUCUUGGAGAAUGGGCCAUUCGAUGGUGUCUUCGGAUUUAGCCAGGGAGCAGCAAUUGCGAUAACCUAUAUACUCGAUUAUCAGCGACGACUCCCAGAUUGCCAGCCCCCUUUCAGAUUCGCCGUCUUCUUCUCGCCUGUGGUUUCGUUCUUCCCAGACCCAGAAUAUUGCCGACAGGUCGUACAAACGCUGUUGGAAACCUGCUCAGACGACUUCAAGAACGACUUCCCCAUAGUAGACUGCAGUACACUUGUGCCUCCAGGACAGACAUUUGCAGGCUAUUUAUCCAAGAGUCUGCUAUCACUGGAGCAGGUUGGGUUUGGAAGGCAAGGAAUCGACGAUAGAUUCCUCGUGGAAGGCGACGAGGAGAGUGUGCCGAGGCCAGUCCACCCUCACCUCCUUGAAGACCGCAUCCACAUUCCAACCGUGCAUGUCAACGGGAAAAAAGACCAUAUGCUGUUCACUCACCAGGCUCAAGUCGCGCUUGGGCUGUGCUGCGACAACCUUGUGAGGGUUCACAAACAUUUCGGAGGACACGGCAUCCCUACCAAGAAGGCAGAUGUAAGGGCGAUAAUCUCGUCUAUUGAGUGGGCAAUGGAGCAGAGUAUACACAUGGAGGCAUUGGCACGUCUUUCGCAUAUCUAA